AUGCCAAAGUUCGAUGAUUUUGAGCCUCCUAUUACCAUUAAACGUAAAAUGACAUCUGAUCACGAUACUGAUGAUGCUAAUGAGGCCUUGAGAAACGAGCAUUUAUUUAUUACUACACAUUUUUCAAAAUUUGGAAAAACUUUUUCCGGUAAAUAUUUUCCGUUAGACUAUGAGGAAAGAGAAAUCCAAUUUUAUUUUGUUAUGCCACCAGAAUGUUUUGAUGGAAUGAAAAAGCAACCAUUUCAUACCAGAAAAGGAGAAAAUUCAAAGAGACUACCACCCUGGAUUAAGGAUAAAGUAAAACAAUAUGUUCUCAAUGUUGAUUUGGCAUCUAAUUAUAAGUCAUAA